GGUAAGAGAGAUCAGAAGUGAAGAAUUGCGUAGAAGUUGAAUUUCGGUUUGAGACGUGAAAUUUGCUCAUUGAAAUAUUCUUUUAAUGCGCUUUAUUGUCCAAAAGGUCAUUGAAAGAGCAUUACAGAUUUUCCUUAAAGUUUGAUAUUUUUCAGAAUUGCUGAUACUAUUCUGUCGUUUUUGUUGAUCAGCAUGCCUAGACGAGGAAGGUCAUCUCCCAUGAGGUCUGCUCCAAGACCAUCUAGUAAUGUACCUGCCAGAGCUCCUCCUCAACAGCCAGCACCUGUUGCUCAGCCUCCUCCACCAAUGGCAGCACCACAACAGCCUGGACUUUUUGCUCAGAUGGCAACAACAGCUGCUGGUGUUGCUGUUGGCUCGGCUGUAGGCCAUACAAUUGGUCAUGCCUUAACUAGUGGAGGUGGAAGUGCUGCUGAAGCUGCACCUGCUGCAGUUGCAUCCCCUGCUGCUGCUCCAACCCAGGCGCCAGCUCCUCAACAGAAUGCCUGUCAGUUUGAAUUCAAACAGUUCCUGGAAUGCACUCAAAAUCAGAGUGAUAUUAGUUUAUGCCAAGGUUUCAAUGAAGUCUUUAGACAGUGUCAACAAGCAAAUGGUUUGGCACCACAGUUGAGCUGAAUGGUAGAUAUAGUAGAAGAAAAGAUGUGAAAAACAAAUUAUAAUUUUAUGUAGCAUUAUUAAUUUUGUAGCCUUGUUACAUGUACCUGGUGAUGAAUAAAAUGCUGCAGAUCAAAUUUUAUUUAUUAAGCAUAUUAAAUUCUGCACGUUAUACAUUCAAAGUCAUUGUAGCCUGGCCUUUUUAAAGAGUCAACUUGAACUUUGUUUUAUAUUGCAGAUUGUUAGAUAUAUUAGUCAUAUUUAGUAAUAAAGGUUUUACUUGUU